AUGAGCUUCAACUACGGUCCACCUCCACCAGGAAAGCGAGGAGAUAGCGAAAAUGGCCCGGCUGCCAAAAGAGCAAAAUACGCAUCUCCUCUACUAGAUCUCCCAACCCAUCUACCGAACCUGGUCUCCCCUCCUUCACAACCAUCAAUCGUGGAGAAGAAGGAACCUGAGAAACCAGCAGAAGAACCCAUCUUCAUCGAGGGUACGACCAUCAGCUUGCAGACAGAAGAAGACAUUGCCAAGUGGAUCGAGGAAAGAAAGAAAAAUUGGCCCACAAGGAAGAACGUGGAAGCUAAGCUCAAACAGCAGCUGGAGCGGAAGGAAGAAAAGCCAGAAAAGCCCAAGAAGCAGAACGUUUGCAGGUUCUUUGCCAAAAACAAGAAAUGCCGUUUCGGCAAUAAGUGCAAGAACCUUCAUGAGGCUGCCAACCUGCCUCUGUCCAACUCCAAGGUUCAGAUCAUCAACGGCAUCGAGGUUGCCGUGCCUCAAAGAUACAAGAAUGAACCUUCAAACAACAAAUCUUUCUACAAGAAACUUGUUCAAAGAGACCUUUACGAGCAUGAGAACAACAAGGUUCUCGACUUCCUCUUGUGGUUGGACCAACAGGGGAAGAUAGACCACGACGUGAACACCUAG